AUGAGUGCCCAAAAAGCUCCUAAGUGGUAUCCAGCUGAAGACGUUCCAGCUCCAAAGCAAGCCAGAAAGACCGCUCGUCCUCAAAAGUUGCGUGCCUCUCUAGUCCCAGGUACCGUUUUGAUCUUGUUGGCUGGUCGUUUCAGAGGUAAGAGAGUUGUCUACUUGAAGCACUUGGAAGACAACACUUUGUUGGUCUCUGGUCCAUUCAAGGUUAACGGUGUUCCAUUGAGAAGAGUUAACGCUCGUUACGUCAUUGCUACUUCCACCAGAAUUGGUUUGGAGGGUGUUAACGUUGAGAAGUUCAACGUCGCUUACUUCGCCAGAGAAAAGUUGACCAGAAAGCAAAAGGCUGAAUCUAACUUCUUCGGUGAGGAACAAGCCAAGAAGGAAGUCCAAGCUCAACGCGUUGAAGAUCAAAAGGUUGUCGACAAGGCUUUGUUGGCUGAAAUCAAGAAGACCCCAUUGUUGAAGCAAUACUUGGCUGCCUCUUUCUCUUUGAAGAACGGUGACAAGCCACACUUAUUGAAAUUCUAA